AACACCCGGAGACGAGCCAGCCGUCUGCGUCCACCACCCACCCAAGCCAACAACAGGAGCUGGUCUCAGCUGGAGCUGCCGCGGCGACGGGCAAUGGCGACGGCGUGGGUGCGCUCGCUCAGCUGCAGGUCCUCCUACGCCGUCACCGACGCCGCCGUCGCGCCGUCCCCGGCCAAGAAGCCGCCGCUCCCCUUCUCGUGCGCCACUGCGGCGGCCGCGGACGUGAUGGACGCCGUGGCGUACGCGCAGCAGGCUAGGAGGAAGAAGAUGGGCAGGGAGAGGCAAAGGCGGCGGGAACCGCGGGAGCCACGCCCACGGCCCAAGAAGAAGCCCAAGCCGAUGGCGAAGGAGGCGGCCGGGGCGCUCUUCAUGCCGUCGCCGGCGCCCGGGCCGCCCGUGGCCUCGGCGUUCCUGACGAUGGCGGAGCUGCCGGAGGGCCACUCGUCGCGGCGGGUCGUGGAGCUCAUCUUCACGUCCGGGUGGGGCGGCGCGUCGGGGGCGCCGGAGCCGUCGGUGGAGGCGCUGUUCCGCGUCCACAGCGCGUCGCGCGCGGUGGCUCGGUUCGAGGAGGCGCGGGCCGCCGCGCGCGCGCACGGCGCCGCGGCGCGGUGCGGCGCCGACGGCAACGAGAUGAUGCGGUUCCAGUGCCGCGCGCCCGCCGACGCGCCCGGCGGGGUGUUCGGCGCGGGCGUCGCCACCUGCCGCCUCGGCGCGUCCGCGUCCGCCGUGCGCACGUUCGCCUGCAGCGGCGCCGCGCACGCCAGCGUCGCCGGCGCCUGCGGCGGCGCUGCCACCGAGCGCAGGGCGAUGCUGGUCUGCCGCGUCAUCGCCGGGCGCGUCCGCCCCGCCAACGACCCGUCCCCGCGCCACGCCCACGCCUACGGCGCCGCCGGCUACGACUCCGUCGACAUGGGCAACGGCGAGCUGGUGGUCCUGGACAGCCGCGCCGUGCUCCCCUGCUUCCUCAUCAUCUACAAGGUCUAGCCGCCGACCCCGUACUAGAACACUAACCAACCACCGUGACCGUUAAGGCGUUAACUCCCUCGUUAAUCACCGCACUAAUUCGCUAGGCUUCUCUCUCAUCGUUCUGGACCUCCUCUUUACUCUGCUCUUCCGGAGUGCCAGGUGUGGUAGACUGGUAGCAACAGGAAUGGUGCGGUGCCCUGUGUGUAAAAAUCAGUACAAAGAAAAACCACUGUUUUUUUGGGUUUGAAUCUGGGAUGUGUUUGAUAAAACUUUACACAAAAAGACGAAUGCAUAUAUAGAGUACUAAACGAAGUUUAUUUGCGAAA